AUGCGAGCUCUAUUUCUUGAUUUUUACUUUCGAUCGACAGCUCUUUCUACUUUUUUUAUUCUUUGUUCGUUGGCAACAAACGAAAUUCCACGUGGGGGGAAGAUUGUGCAACCACCGAAACCUAAUAUUCUGAAACAGGGUUGCCCAUCAGAUCUUCUACAUUCCCGAGCACUUCGAGCUAUUCAAUUGGCUUGUCGUUCUCAUCCAUCUACAGUAAUCUCAGCAUUUGAAGGAGUUCAAGAAGGACUUCAAAACUGUGCAAACCGACUGAGAUUUCAGCAAUGGGACUGUUCUGAAGCUGGAAAUAUAAUGCAUGAUCCUCCGUUAUUACGCCAAGGUUUUCGUGAAUCUUCUUUAAUCUGGGCGUUGUCGUCUGCAUCUGCUGCAUGGGGUGUUGCGACAGCUUGCGCACAAGGAUGGAUUGACGAUUGUGCGUGUAACAAUCACAUGGGACAGAAUGAGUAUGAAUUCGGCGGAUGUACACAUGGUGUUCAACACGGAAUAACGGCCAGUCGGAAGCUGCUCACAAAGGUCGGCGCCGUCAAUUCUUUGUUGCGUAAAGUGGAAAAACACAACUUGAAAGCUGGUAGAUUGGCGAUAAAGAAAACUUUGAUAUCAUCAUGUAAAUGUCACGGAGUCUCUGGUUCUUGUCAACAGAAAACAUGUUGGAAAAGGACUGCAACACUGGAACAUAUCACUGAUUAUUUAGUAGAGAAAUAUGCAAGAGCUAAACUAUACACGGAUGACUCUGUUGUAAAGACAACUGAUUUGAUCUACCUGGAGGCUUCUCCAGAUGUUUGCAAGUCGAAAUCGGUAGCAGGAAGGGUUUGUGCUUGGAGAAAUGAGACACAUACUCAAGGAGAUUGCGACAGAUUAUGUUGUGGGAAUGGGUUCAGUAUCCGUCACGAAGUGGUCCGAGUGAAAUGCGAUUGCGAAUUCGUUUGGUGCUGCAAUUUAGUCUGUAAAGAUUGUAUACAACAUCGUUGGAUUUCCACGUGUAAUGGGACUCCACCUAAAAGUUUAAUAUUCAAAAAGUAA